AGAAACUCGCAGCGGAGAAACUUGCCGCUGAGAAAAGGGCAGCUGAGAAACUUGCCGCUGAGAAACUCGCAGCGGAGAAAAGGGCAGCUGAGAAACUUGCAGCCGGGGAGCGCGCCACAAAGAUUGCCACGCGCUGGAAGCAGGUAGCCGAAAAACAAGCAGCCGAGCGGAUGGGUGAAAAGAUUGCAGCUCGUUGGAAGGAGUUAGCUGAAGCAUUAAAAAGAAAUGAAGAAGGAUUAAAGUUAUAUCGGGAAGGGAAACUAAACGAAGCGGCCGCUGAAAUAGAAUCAGCACUUGAUAAGUAUGAAAAAGCAGUUUCAAAAUUUAAUGAAGCUGCUCAAACAAAGGCAUUAGAUAUUAUUUUUAAUUCUUUUAUAAUGGUGAUAGCUGCAUUUAUUGAAAAUAAGGUUUAUCAAGGAGCUCAAGACGCUAUAGAUUAUGCUAAAGGCCAUUUUCCUGAUAAAACUAGUGCUUUUUCGGAAGCAGAACGAAUGAUAGCUCGAGAUGAUUGGUCUCCUAAUUAUGCAGAUCAGUAUCUGAUUCAAUUAGAUCAGGACUUAUUCGAGAACAAUAUCAUGGAACAUUCAGAUGGAUAUUAA